UCCCCGGGCAUGGCUGGGACUUGCUGGCAGGGCGGCCGCUUCCUCCUGGCGCGGGCGGCGGCGGCGGUGGACGGCGGGGCGAGGAGCCGGGCCUUUUGCCGGCCACCGGGGCCCGAGCCGCCCAGCCCGGAUUCCAAGCCCGGGAAAAGCAGCGGAGCCCCCAAGAUCUACACCAGGACGGGAGACAAAGGGUUCUCCAGCACCUUCACCGGGGAGAGGAGAGCCAAAGAUGACCUGAUCUUCGAGGCUUUGGGGACCCUGGACGAACUGAGCUCGGCUAUAGGCUUAAGUGCUGAAUUUGGCAGCGAAAGAGGCCACGCGUUUGUGGAAGAACUCCACAAGGUCCAGUGCAUGCUGCAAGAUGCCGGCUCUAAUGUGGCAACACCCAUCUCUUCAGCCAGAGAGUCUCACAUAAGUAAGUAGGACUUCUCUAAGAAAGUUGGAAGGUUGGUAAGGAAUUUGCUUUUCAAGCCAGUUUUCCUUGCCUUUUGCUUUCUGCUGAGAGUUGGAAGCCCAGACUUCUCCCAUGGCUGCUUCACUGAUUGCAUCCAUAACCUGUUGAGAUUCAAAGGCUUCCAAGGGUCCCUAAAUGGGGGGAGCUUUUGGAUUUGACACCUUUGAGUCACGCUUGGCAGAUCAAAGCAGGAGAUUCGAAC